AUGGCGACCAACGGAAAUGGGCAGCAGCAGAACAAGCAGGAGGCGAUCAACACCGACAUCAUCACCCUCACACGAUUCCUUACAGAAGAGCAAUCAAAACACAAGGAGGCUACCGGCGACUUCACGCUUCUUUGCCAUGCUCUCCAGUUUGCGUUCAAGAGCAUUGCGUACUACAUCCGGAGAGCCACGUUGGUCAACCUCACUGGUUUGGCCGGUCAAUCCAACGCCACGGGUGACGACCAGAAGAAGCUUGAUAUCAUUGGCGAUGAACUCUUCAUCUCCGCCAUGCGCUCGUGCGGUCGCGUGCGCCUCCUAGUGUCGGAGGAGCAGGAAGAACUGAUCAUGUUCGACGAGUUCCCUGAAGCUCGUUACGCGGUAGCCUGCGACCCAAUCGACGGCUCCUCCAACCUCGACGCUGGCGUAUCCGUCGGCACCAUCUUCGCGGUAUACAAGCUAGCGGAAGGUGCCAAGGGUACCAAGGAAGAUGUCCUGAAGCCCGGCACGGAGAUGGUCGCUUCAGGAUUCACCAUGUACGGUGCCUCGACACAGUUGGUCAUUACGAUGAAGGGCGGCAACGUCAACGGCUUCACGCUCGACAACGCGUUCGGAGAGUUUAUCCUCACACACCCGGACAUGCAGGUCCCCAAGCAGCGCGCGAUCUACUCGGUCAACGAGGGUAACUCGCUGUACUGGGAGGAGCCGGUCAAAGAAUACGUCAACAGCCUGAAGUACCCCAGCGAGGAGGGCGGCAAGCCGUACAGUGCGCGAUACAUUGGAUCCAUGGUGGCUGACGCGUAUCGAACGCUGUUGUACGGCGGCAUCUUCGCGUACCCCGCGGACAAGAAGAGCGCCAAGGGCAAGCUGCGCAUCUUGUACGAGUGCGCGCCCAUGGCCAUGGUGUUCGAGAACGCUGGCGGUAAGGCGGUCAACAGCAAGAUGGACCGCAUGCUGGAGGUGGUGCCCGAGAGCAUCCACGAUCGAUCAGGCAUCUUCAUGGGCUCGGAACAAGAGGUGCAGAAGGUCAUCGACAUGCACAAGAAGUACCAGAAGUAG